AUGCUCUCGAGUUUGCAUUCACUAAUGGCGACAGGAGUUGGCAGUUUAAAAAUCAGAGAAAUUGAAAAUUUCUUUGUACCCAUUUUGCAAAAUUGCAAAAACAUAGCAGAAUUGAAGAAAACCCAUGCUCUAAUUAUAAAGUAUUCACUGUCAAAAAGCAAUUAUUUAGUGACAAAAAUGGUAGAUGUGUGUGAUAAAAAUGAGGAUAUGAAUUACGCAAGUUCGCUAUUUAAGGGAGCGACAGACCCGAGUAGUUUCUUGUACAAUGCAAUGAUAAGAGCAUAUACACAUAACUCCAUGUAUAGAUUCUCUAUCAAUGUUUAUAAGCAAAUGCUAAGGCAAAACCAAAAUUUUCAAACCCUAAUUUUGCCUGAUGAAUUCACAUUCCCGUUUGUUGUAAAAUCAUGUGCAAGGCUUGUGCAGCAAAAUCUAGGCAAACAAGUUCAUGGGCAUUACUGGAAAUUCGGUAAAAAGUUUCAUCUUAUCACGGAGAAUGCACUCGUUGAUAUGUAUGUGAAGUGUGAUAAUUUAUUGGAUGCACAUAAGAUGUUUGACGAAAUGACUGAAAGAGAUGCAAUUUCUUGGAAUGGAAUUAUUUCUGGGCAUGUUAGAUUGGGUCAAAUGAGACAAGCUAGAGGUUUAUUUGAUGCAAUGCCUAACAGGACUAUAGUAAGUUGGACGUCUAUGAUUUCCGGGUAUGCGCGAAUUGGGUCUUACAUGGAUGCGUUAGAUGUGUUUCGAGAGAUGCAAAAUGCUGGUGUUGAGCCUGAUGAAGCAAGUAUUGUAUCUGUAUUGCCAGCAUGUGCUAAGUUGGGAGCUCUUGAGACUGGUAAAUGGAUACAUAUGUAUUGUGCUAGAAAUGGUUUGUUGAGAAGAACCUGUAUAUGUAAUGCUCUUAUUGAAAUGUACACAAAAUGUGGCUGCAUCGAUCAAGCUUGCCAGUUGUUUGAUCAAAUGCUCGAAAGAGAUGUGAUUUCAUGGAGUACUAUGAUCGGAGGGUUAGCGAAUCAUGGGAAAGUUCACGAAGCAAUUGCCAUUUUUGAAAGAAUGAAACAAACAAAUAUCAAACCAAAUGGCAUUACUUUUGUUGGUCUUUUAUCAGCUUGUGCACAUGCUGGUUUUUGGAAGAAGGGACUAAUGUAUUUUUAUACCAUGAUAAAGGAUUUUCAUAUAGACCCAGAAAUCGAACAUUACGGUAGUCUAGUUGAUCUUCUCGGUCGUGCCGGAAAACUCAAUCAGGCUCUUGACGUCGUAGCAACGAUGCCUAUGAAGCCAGAUUCAAAGAUAUGGGGUUGUUUGUUAAGUUCUUGCAGGACAUACAGUAACAUGGAAGUUGCAGUAAUUGCGAUGGAGCGACUCGAAGAGCUGGAACCGGACGACACAGGCAAUUAUGUGUUGCUUUCUAAUAUAUACGCAGAUCUUGGUAAAUGGGAAGGUGUAUCAAGAAUGUGGAAGCUUAUACGAAGUAAGAAAAUGAAGAAAACUCCGGGGUGUAGUUCAAUUGAGUUGAAUAAUGUUGUUCAAGAAUUUGUAUCAGGGGACGUUUCAAAACCGUAUUCAAAGGAAAUAUUCUGGUUGCUAGAGCUUUUGGCUUUUAAUCAGGACAUUACUAAGCAUUUAAUUGAGAUAAUGCCCGAGGAUUAUUGAGUAUGUUCAAGUCAAGUCAUUUGAUGAUAGAUGCACAGAAGCUGCAUUGUUGAAAGUAUAGUGUGCUCUUUCAAGUAUGCAUCGGAGUUCCUACCAGUAGAUGUAACAGAAUUGAAUCAAUUUGCAGAAGUACUUGGCAUUGACUCAAAAAAUAUCAAAACUGACUCGAUGUUAGUCGAGUCAAGCUCUAACUCGAGCUAUUCGGGUAUUCCCAAAUUGAAUUUGUACAUUAGAAUACACAACUCUAGAGACCCACAAGUCUAAAUGAAUUUUGAUUAAUUUACCUUCAAUAUUUUAUAAUUGUAUAUAUUUAUAAUUAUACUCUUAGUUUUAUACUAAAAUUUAAUUUUAGAAUUUUUGAACA